AACAAGCAGUGUGCAGGGUGCCAAAUCCAAACUCUCACAAGUUUCAUCUCAUCAACCAAGAAAGCACUAUAAUCAACCAAGAGUCCAUCAUUCAAUGGCCACUACUACUACAUCCACACCAGCAGCAUGGAAGAGCGGUGCCGCUGGCUAUACCGCUGGCGUCACUGGUGUCGUUCUGAACUAUCCACUCGAUAGCAUGAAGGUCUGGAUGCAAUGCGGUAGCACAGGCGCGAAUCGGCACUUACAGGGAGGAGCCAAGAAAAGCCAAGGCCGCGCCAUCAACCGUGUCGCUGCCACUCGAGCAGCCUCCAUGAGCACUGUUGCAUUUUCCUCUACUGUUGUUGAACCAAAAUUACACCUUCCAAAGAUAUCUGGGACGAUCCGUGCGCUCUAUUCGGGAGUCUCGGUUCCCUUGGUCACGGGAGGAUUGGUUCGGAGCAUCAACUUUGCCACUUAUGACACCACACGACGAUUCCUUAGUUCAGACGGAUCGGCAUCGUCGUCCUUGACACAUGUUGCCAUGGCAGGUGCCGUGUCGGGAAAUGUUGGGGCAAUACUUACAGCACCCUUCACACUGGUCAAGACACACCAACAAAUCCUUGGAAUUGGCUUUCGGCAAGCCGUUUCCAAAUCAUUUAUUACAUCGUCUUCCUCCAAACUGCCCAACCUGUACGUGGCAUUUGGUCCGCAUUGGCUGUCUGCCACCAUUGGAGGAGCCUGUUAUUACACAACGUAUGAAGCGUGUAAGCAAUCCAUACUACAAUUCAAAAAAGAACAAUCAGCAGCAUCCGGCAAGGACCAUCUUGUUGUUAAGUUGACCAUUCCAGAACGCAUGGCAUCGGCUGCCGUGACUGGGAUUGUGAAUUGGUCCGUCAUUUUUCCAUUGGAUGCAUUGAAAAACCGAAUGUACCACCAACACAUCAUUGUGGGUGGCAGCAACAGCAGCAGCAAAUCUGUCUUGUCCUCGGCCCAAAUGGCACGACAAAUGAUACGGGAACGAUCCGUGUAUCGAGGCUUUGCCGUGACCGUAUUGCGGGCUGGGCCCAUGGCAGCAUUGGUGUUGCCAAUCUACGACAUGGCAUUUCAAUACUUGUUGGAUCACUAGCUAGUAGAAACGAAUGCAGUGAACUGAGGAGUUUCAUAGAAGAGGAGAACACUGCAGACAGUGAAUGUAAGCCGAAACCUCAUAAUAGAAUAGAAUAGAACAUACAAAAAAAAACUGAACGUCUAAUAACGGAUUCAGACCAGAUGUGCUUGAGGACGACCCACGAGC